AUGAAAAAGAAUAAAAUGAAAUAUUCACUUGCUUUAUUGACACUUGUCAGCUUAGCAAUCUCGUUUCCUUUAAUCAACCUCCUCCCAAACUGGAUUAGUUUACCCCAGCAAGCAAUUCUUGGCUACCACAACAGCGACGAACAUCAUUAUGAUAAAACAAGAUUGAUUAAAUUGGGCCCAGAUGAGUUUUGUCUUGUUUCAGAAAGCGAUAAACUCAAUUUGAGAAGGAGAAACAAGAACUUUAUUGAUGUUACUGCGCAGAUUCCAGUUGAAUCUGCUAUUGAACAAGGUUUAAUCUCACGUCCCACAAUUUCCUUAUGGCAAAAGUUCUUUCUUAUGGGAGCAAAGCAAAUCAAGACAUUAAAGAAACCCAUUCCUGUUUACAAUUAUCCGCAAAGUGUUGAGCAUCUUGAUGCUGUAAAGAGUUUAUUCAAAGAGAUUGAUGUUGAUCUUAUGACCAAAAAACUUACCAAAUUCACGUCAUUCUUUACCAGAUAUUAUAAAACAGAAAGUGGUGCUGAAAGUGCCCAAUGGCUUUACAACCAGCUUGAGAAGUUGGUUGAGUCUCACGACGAGAUAAAGAUUACCAAGAUUCACCACGAUGGGUGGGAUCAGUUUUCAAUAAUACUUUCUAUUCCAGGACACGUUGACGAUAAAGUUGUUGUUGGUGCACACCAAGACUCAGCUAACUUGAUCUUGCCAAAUAUUAUGAGAGCUCCAGGUGCUGAUGAUGAUGGUUCUGGCACCAUCACCACUUUGGAAUCGCUCAGAUUAAUUUUACAAGCCUACAAAGAUGGUAGUUUCAAACCUUAUAACACUUUGGAAUUCCAUUGGUAUUCAGCCGAAGAAGGCGGCCUCUUGGGGUCAAUUGAUGUUUUUUCCAGAUAUUCAAAUGCUUCUGAAGUUGUUGUGGGAAUGUUACAACAAGACAUGACUGGUUAUACACAAGGUAGUAUAGAUGCUGGUGUCGAGCCCCACUUUGGACUCAUUGCUGACUACACGAGUGUUGAGUUGAAUAAGUUCUUGAAGCUUAUCAUUAGUACAUACAAUUCGAUUCCAUACCAUGAAAGUUCUUGUGGUUAUGCAUGUUCAGAUCAUGCGAGUGCAAUUGAGAAUGGUUACCCAUCUGCAUUCCUCAUUGAAAGUGAAAUGAAAUACUCCAACAAGUUCAUCCACUCUACCAUGGACACAAUUGAUAGAUUGGACUGGGACCACAUUACGGAACAUGUCAAGUUGACUAUUGCUUAUGCGUAUGAGUUGAGCUUGGCUAAAAACUUGCACUAA